GAAGUUUCUUCCUGUGUGGCUUUAACUUGACGCCGCACUCUAUCGCCUUUUUUAGCUGGAUGAAAACUUCAUUUCACAGACAAAUUCAAUGAGAAGGUGAACGGCCACCAUGAAGCUCCGUUGAAAGGCGGCCAAAGAGUUUGGAGUAAGCUAACUGGAGACUGCAGGACCCCGUCGUUAAAACUUUUUCUUUGGUCGAAAACUAACAAUUGAACACAAGAUGAUGUCUGACGCUAGCGAGAUGUUGGCAGCAGCCUUGGAGCAAAUGGAUGGGAUCAUAGCAGGCUCCAAGGCCAUGGACUACUCCAACGGGCUGUUUGACUGCCAGUCUCCCACAUCGCCUUUCCUCGGUGGCCUUCGGGUCCUUCACUUGCUGGAGGAUUUGCGGGCAGCACUGGAGCUGAUGGAUAAUGAUGAGAGGGACAACCUGCGGUGUCAGAUUCCUGAUUCCACUGCAGAGGGUCUGGCGGAGUGGCUGCACGGACGAAUGACCAACGUCCACAGCUCCGAAGCAGUCGCCCAAGAGCGUCUGUCACGACUUGAGAGUGACAAAGAGUGUCUCAUUCUUCAGGUAAGCGUUUUAACAGACCAGGUGGAGGUGCAAGGUGAAAAGAUUCGAGAUCUAGACAGCUGUCUUGAGCAACAUCGUGAGAAACUCAAUGCUACUGAGCAGCUUCUUCAGCAGGAGCUUUUGAACCGGACAGCACUGGAGACCCAGAAGCUGGAGCUUAUGACCGAGGUGUCCAGCCUGAAGCUGAAGCUAUCUACUGUGGAGAGAGAUCACAGAGGCAAUGAGGGCUUGUACCAGGAAGUGACGGACCUGCGGUUCAGGGUUACUGAUAUAGAGAAUCAAAGAGUGCAGUGUGAGAAGAAACUCAAAGCUACCAAAGAGGAGCUGCAGCUUCUGCAGAGGCAGCUGGAGGAGCGAGAGUUGGAGCUGCAGAAGUUGAAGGAUGAGGGCAGACUGAAGGUGGAGAGCCACAACAGAGCUGAGGGGGCAGAAAGAGAUACUGAAAUGUUGAAGAUGAAGAGGGUUUUAGAGUCGCUGACGUCAGAGAACGAUGAGAAGGAACGAAGGAUUAAAGAGCUGGAGGAGUCCCUUAAAAAGUGCAAAAAGGUGCAGGAGCUGGUCAGAGAGAAGCUGAAUGAAGAUGACUACCACGAUAUCCCAGAUGAUCCCUCGGUCUCUGCAGCCAUGGAGGUUGAUCAGGUCACUGUGGAGUUGGAGGGGGAGGCAGGAAGGAGCUUGGGCGAGUCUGUUCCAUGCAUAGCGGUGCUCUCUGAAAUGAACGAACUGGACAGAGAGCGACAGCUUCAGGCAGCCGGAAGUACCUUAGACAUCCCAGAACCAAGCAGCUCAGCUGGAACCAGCAGCACUGAUCAAGGCCUAAAUAAAACAGGAUGUAGUUCUUCUUCUCCAACUAAAGGAAACGCCACAAGCGAUGGGAAUUUUGGUACCAAGAAAGCCCGCGCUUCAUUUGGCCGGGGCUUCUUCAAACUACGUGGAGGCAAGCAGACGGGCAGCGCCCCGAACCUCGCUGAGACAGCGCACAAAGGCACAGAGCACCUCGACUUGGCCGGUUCUCCUCCACGGAAAUCCCACGAUAAAUCGCCUCCAACGUCCUCGCCCGAAACCAAAAAGAAGUCCAAAGGGUUCAAGAGAUUCUUUGGCAGGUUAAAGAGGAGCCACUCUACCUCCUUCAACCUUGAUGAUGCAGCCGAGAUGGAGUUCAGAAGGGGUGGAGUCAGAGCUACAGCCGGCCCCAGACUCGGCUGGUCACGCGACACCAAACAAAUUGCUGUUGAUCUUCCUUUCUCACGGUGGAGCAAAGAGGAAGUUUGUGCGUGGCUUCAUGAGCAGGGCCUCGGGUUUUAUGUCGCGCAGGGUCUGAGCUGGAUCAAAUCAGGACAAACAUUACUGCAAGCAUCACAGCAUGACUUAGAGAAGGAGCUGGGCGUGAAGCACCCUCUGCACAGGAAGAAGCUGCAGCUGGCCCUGCAGGCUGUCGGAUCAGAAGAAGAAGAUCUGAAGGGCAAACUAGACCACAACUGGGUGACGAGAUGGCUGGAUGACAUCGGUCUCCCGCAGUACAAAAGUCACUUUGAUGAGGCUCGAAUUGAUGGACGCACGCUGCACUACAUGACAGUGGAGGACCUGCUGUCUCUGAAGGUUGGCAGUGUUCUCCAUCACCUCAGCAUCAAGAGGGCCAUCCAGGUCCUCCGCCUCAACUCUUACGACCCCAACUGUCUCAGACGCCGUCCCUCUGAUGAGAGCAACGUCACACCAGCAGAGAUCUCGCAGUGGACCAACCACAGAGUGAUGGAGUGGCUCCGCUCCGUGGACCUGGCGGAAUAUGCCCCCAACCUGAGGGGGAGUGGUGUUCACGGAGGGCUGAUGGUGUUGGAGCCUCGAUUCAAUGUGGAAGCACUCGCCCUUCUGCUCAACAUUCCUCCCAACAAAACCCUGCUGAGACGCCACCUGGCCACCCAUUUCCACCUGCUCAUUGGCUCCGAAGCGCAGCGGCUCAAACAGGACUGUCUGGAAAACCCAGACUACACGGUCCUCACAGCAACGGCCAAGGUCAAGCCGAGGCGCUUGUCGUUUGGAGGUUUUGGCACUCUGAGGAAGAAACGUCAGGAUGACGGUGAGGAGUACGUGUGCCCCAUGAAUGUGGAAAUGCCAAAAAACAGCAGCUUCCAGACUAGCACCCAGAUCUACGAGGAUAACCUUGAGCACCUGGAACAGAUGGAGGACUCUGAAGGAACCGUCAGACAGAUAGGAGCCUUUUCUGAGGGAAUCAACAAUCUGACGAGCAUGCUGAAGGAUGACGUGUUUUUCCGGGAAGUGUCGGCGUGCCCUCCAGAGUAUGGUCCCUCAGAAAUGCACAGUAACUCAAACAUCUGAUAUCAGAGCUCCGCAAGCUUCAUGGAAAAAGAACGAACUGUGCCAACUUCAUCCUGUGGUCCAUCUCUCUCUACCGCUGAUCAGCUUUUGUAAGAGAACAUGUCAGACUAACAAUAUUUCCAUCUUUUGCAUGUACACAUCUAUAUUUAUUGAAGCUGUCCAAAAUGUAACAUGUGAACUGAAAAUGCAAAGUGUUCUCAAAUUAACAUACCUCUUUAUGAA